GACUCGUGGGUGUUUCCUAGUACGGAGAGCCGUGAGUGUCUUGAUUUUUUUCCUCGGCUUUCUUUUUUCAGCUCGUUUAUAACCUCACUUUUGCACUCACUGUUUACAAACGAGAAUAGUGUCUUGACAGGCUGCUGCUGCGCAUGAGGUGUGAGAAGUCGUAGUGAAUUGUCCUGGUGCAGAUAUGUACUUGGCUUUGUCGUCGUCGUCGUCGCGCAUUUCGCCGGACACUGAGCGAUAAAGUGGAGCCUCUCUGACCGGGAAGACGAGAGUUGUCGCUAUGCGAUACAGUCUAUGGACACGGGACAGAGAUAUCCGAAUAAUGUUCGCUCUUGGAUUAGAGGAGCUGUGUAAUGUGUAUGCCUGGCGUGUGUGUGUGCGCGGCGGAAAAUGACCGUCGGCGGCGCUGACACUCGCGCGUUUUUCUCGCGGCGCGCGCUGCCAAUGUCGCAGUCUAGACUGAGCUUAUAUAGGAGAUCUUUCUGUGCUAUAUAUGUAUAUAGAGAGGAGAGUGGACGAUGAUAUCGUCGUUGUCACUUGUCGCUCGAGAAAGCGUUAUAAUAUAUAGGUAUGUGGAAUUAUUAAUUGGGGUGUGCGAUAAUUGAUCGUGUAAAUUACGUAAUUGGAACACGUUCUGCUCCGUUUGCUAAUUGAACGUGUUGAAUAGACCGUAGUACGGAUUCCGAUUCUACUGAUGCUUGUAAACAAUUGGCUUCGUAACAUGUAUACAGGUAUAUAAUGUGUCGAGCUGAACGUGAGAAUACGUUGGGUGGACAGAAUUGUUUUUCUCGCGUGUGACUUGCAAGUUUAUUAAAAUUACGAAGCUUUUUGAUCGGGGUGAGAUUACGACGCGCGAUGUUUUAGUAUGAGUUUUUAAAAAGUAGAAUGUCAUUGGAGUUUUAGAUCGAAAAAGAGUCGAUUUAAUCGUCGAGAAUGAAACGUUGAAAAGGAGAUUUUCGCACACUCGGCGUAUAAUGUGUACCGACAGGUUGCAGAAAAUAGCCCCGACUCAUUACCCCCACCGUAUAUAAAAAAAUUACAGCCAGGUGCACGCGCUCUUAUAUCUCGAAGUAAUCGCUGCCCCGCACAUACUUAGCCCUUAAAAAAUGUCAUCCUUCCUCCCAAAAAUCCAACUUCUACCAUACGCCAAACGUAUGUCGCCUAAAAUCGCAAGAUAGACUUUGUACGGCUGCCGCAGAUUUUUUCAGCUGCGGCCAUCAGAGCUGAAUCGCCGUACAUCCCCCUUCGGACCUGCCGCGUGUGGUAUACGCAUACCUGCCAGUAUAGGAGGUACCUACACCUGGCUUCUGUUGCGGCAGCUGCGCGUUAGCUCUCUCGAGCCGAAUAUUAUAAUGGAACACGUGCGCUCGAGGAGGGAACAGGCACCGGACGCACGAGACCAAGAAGAGCCUUCGCUGUGGGCAGGAUUUCUUCGAGGGGUCCCCCCCCCCCCCCACCCACCCCUUCGGGCAGUGCAACGCACUCGCCGGAUUCUUUUCUUCUGUGCGCUAAGCGCGAUUGGGAUGGGUUUUAUGAAAAAAUUUUCGGCGACGACUGCUGUCGAACUGCUGGAAUAUUCUGAAGUUAUUGAUUUAUUGAUAAACGCUAAUCUAACGCGGAUAAAAACACAUAUCGGUCUAACGAUAAUCCAGAAACACCGGUUCCACAACUCUCAUCUUGCCGGAUAAACAGCGCAGACGCACAUCAAUGUGUAUAUUAUAACCAUCACCAUCGACGAUUCUAGUCCCGCGCUAGACUUUCAAGAGCGUACAUAUAUACUUAAUCUUAACCAAGAGCUGAAUCGGCUGAAAAAGAGAGGGAAUUCGCGGUGGGAGAGACAAAGUCAGGGGCCAGAAAAGUCGCGAGAGAGCGACUAUCCAGUCGACUCAACCGACGCUCUCGCUUACCAUCGCAUCGAGAAAAGUUUUCGGCCUCCGACACAGCUUCUCUGCUUCUUCAGCUACUUUUCAUCGACGAUGGAGCGGGCCGAUUCGAAAAUCGCGACCGGCCUCGACGCCUUCCCCUUUUUCGCCAAGUACGGCCACUACGUCCUGGCGACAGUCGUCCUGGUGUCGAUCGUCAAUCUCAUCCUCGGACGUUACAGCAAGAGCACCUCGAUCGUCUCGAAAGAGCCCGUCGCCAGCAAGGAAUUGAGUCCGGACGAAGAGUUCAACGAGUACGAGACAGCCGACGGCCCCGAGGACGAGCCGUAUUUACCGAAGGACCUGCAGCACGUCAAGUUCGAGUACAAGAGGCCGUCCGAGGCGGAGAUCGUUAAGAGAUCGCUGGAAUUUUACGAGAUAGCCGACGCCAGACGUACGCUGCGCUUCUUCAGUCCUGACCCAGUUCCCCGCGAAGUAAUUCGCAACAUCGUCAGAGCCGCGGGAACCUCCCCCAGCGGAGCCCACACCGAGCCCUGGACUUUCGUCGUGGUGUCGAAUCCCUCGGUGAAGGAGAACAUCCGCGAGAUCGUCGAGCGCGAGGAGGAGAUAAACUACCUCAAGCGUAUGGGCAAGAAGUGGACGACCGAUUUGCAGCCGCUGAAGACCGACUGGCGCAAGGAGUACCUCGCGACGGCGCCUUACCUCAUUCUCGUCUUCAAGCAGGAUUACGGCUUUCUUCCUAAUGGAAAGAGGAAGAUUCAUUACUACAAGGAGAUGAGCGUCGCUAUUGCCUGCGGCAUACUCAUCACUGCCAUUCAGUACGCCGGUUUGGUGACGCUGACGUCGACGCCGCUGAACUGCGGACCGGCACUACGCGUCCUGCUCAACAGGCCGGUCAACGAGAAGCUCGUUCUGCUGCUGCCCGUUGGUUACCCGGCCGAAGAUGCCACGGUACCUGGUCUGAAAAGAAAGGACCUUGACGAGGUGCUCGUCGAGUUCGAGUGACGCUGAAGCGACGUGAGAUUCACAAUCGACAAAAGACAUGUUUGACUUUUAUAAAAAAUGUAGAUUUUUAACAAAUACAUUGUUCGUAAGUGAGAAAACGCAUCUUUAUACUUUCUGGGGAGACAGCUUGAUCGGAGAAAUGCAUUGCGUAUGCAGGAGGAAAAACGCGCUGAAAUACAGUUUGUAUAAACUAAUGUUUAUUCAAAUUUGCGUACAUUAUUGUUAAAAAUAAGCAUGUAUAAAAAUUAUAUUUAAGGACGCAUGUUAGAAUCAACGGAGACGCAAAUUCAUUCGUGUGUAUACAAUUCAAUUCACAAUCUUUAUCAUCGUUUCUUUUAUAAUUCACCUCUACGCACUGAUAAAUGAUCCGUAUAGCUCUCUCGGAUACCGUAUGUAUAUAUGAAAAUAAAGGAAACGUGCAUUUCACUUUU